AUGCGUGUGUGUGCGAGGCGCACAUCAUACACACAUCAGAAACCGCAGAUCCAUCAGCAGGCAGCCGGCAGGGGCAGCCAGCCGGAGAAAGCCGCCCCAGCGCCGGGCUGCAGGCGAGACCACUGCUCCUCCUCCUCGCAAGGUAGCGGAGGAGCGUUCGGCCCCGCCGAGCACCGAUGCUUUGCAGAGCGCAUUUCCAGGGAGCCCCUCGCUGCUAAGGAGCCCGCCAGCCCCACGAUGUCAUCAGACCCCAGCGCCCCGCCGGCAGUGCCGCCCCUGCACUCCCCUAAGUCGCCGGUGUGGCCCACUUUCCCCUUCCAGCGGGAGGGCAGCCGCAUCUGGGAGCGGGGCAACCUCCUGCUGCGGGACCUGCCCAGCCCCCUCCCCACCAAGAGGACCAGGACCUACUCGGCAACGGCACGUGCCUCCGCCGGCCCCAUCUUCAAAGGCGUCUGCAAGCAGUUCUCACGCUCCCAGGGCCACGGAUUCAUCACCCCUGAGAACGGCACAGAGGACAUUUUCGUCCACGUGUCUGACAUCGAAGGGGAGUACGUCCCGGUGGAGGGGGACGAGGUGACAUACAAGGUCUGCCCCAUUCCUCCCAAGAACCAGAA